AGCAAUUCCGUGUUUGAAGAGAGUGCUGGAGUGGUGGCCAGAGCCUUCCCUUUCUCCCCUGGAGCUCGUGGGCUUCAUAUAUAUCAUGGGUCUGUCGUCGACGAAAAGGCGGUGGUUUGGGGCAAAAUUGCUCUUGCCUGUGCAGUGGCCUGCUGCCGGCUCGGAGAACUGGGUGGGACAAGUACCGGUACUAAACGCUGGCAGGGUUUGGCAGGACGCUUGGCAAAUUUGGCUGGUGGCAGCAGAAGAAAAGCUGGGAUCGAGUUCCUGUGUUAUGUUACUCAAGUCUCAGUACUUCACGUCCAUUGCUUAGGUCCAGACCAAAAAAAUCAACCAGUGGCCUUCUCAUGCUCGUGGUGUAUCCGUGCUGAAUUUCACCCCGUUUCUCAGGCUGACUUCAAGCGCGAUAUUCUUCCUAUUGUUUCUCAAACUCGAUCCAUCCACACAGCUCAUACCACAAAAAUGGCGAAAAGCGCGAGGUCAAGUGUCAUCAAGGCGAACAACCGGCGCCUCAAGCAGAAUGUGUUUGGGCCAGUCGAGGCAGCGCGGGCGGAGCGCCUCUCUGCGAAGCUCCUAUCGAUCGCAGCUGAACCCAAGCCACAGAAGGAUGUUGAGAUGAACGAGGAGCCUGCGGAUGAGGCCAAGUCGGCCGCUGCAAAGGAGGACACAGCCAUGGAGGUGGAGGAUGCUAAGCCGGCGAGCAAGAAGCCGAGCAGCAAGAGGAAAGUCGAGAAGCGGAGAGGCAAGAAGUCGUCAAUUGUCUUCCCGAUGCGAGGGCCCAAGCGGAACAAGAAAUGAGGGACCCGUGGCUUGGUUUGGACGAAAGAAAGUGUGAGCGGCUACGCCAUGCAGAGAGAUGUGUUUGCCGGGCUCGACCUCGACGCCGUCAAGGCCCAAACAGAGGCUGGGCCAACAUUGUUUGGGCGAAGGCGAGAAAGGAGCAACUUCUUGUAGUGCUCAGGUACUACGGAGUACCAUCUUGAAGAUUUGAGAGUUGUGUUAGCCCUUUAUUACCGUUAUGUCGGGCAGGAGAAGGAAAAGGUAUGGUUGACGGAGCCCAGGUUUGGCGGGGAUGGGAGAACAGAACCGGGAACUCUACUGAAAGCUGAGGUUAUCAUACCUUACCUCAAUUUGGACUGUAUCUUGAAUAUCUUGACAGAGCAGACCGAGCACGCAGAGAGAUUCUUGCGACCUCAACUUCGAUUAUGG